CUCUAUGUGUAUUACCGUUCCGACACGCAUUUGGUACCGAAUGUGUAUGGGUAUGGAGGUACCGCCCUGCUCUGUCACAUUACAUUCACUAAGUAAAAGUGUAGUUGCAUGCGAAAGAAUUCGAAAAAUUAUGAAUGUCCUAAAGGAUUCGAUAUGACAUUUCUAAAUUUAUAUAGAUAUGAAUAAAUUAAUUUAUAUUAAAAACUAGAAUUUAGCAAUGUGUUCUUUAACUUUGGAGAAGAAGACAAUAACAAAAAAAGAAAAAUGUUAGAAACAAACUCCGUAAGUAGAGAAGAAAAAAGAUAAAAAAGAAGUUAGAGAGAUACAAGUCCAUCUAUCCCCUCAAUGUGACAAUAACAAAGAGAACCGGUUGGGGAAAGAGUUUUUUCUCGUAGUUGGCUUCAUACUAUCAUUUCAAAAAUCCUCUUUCUACAAGAUUUAACGAGAGAAAAUCUGUCGUUUUUGCUGCUCGAAAGAGCAACAACCUUAAAACAAUAAAAGAAAUACGAGAAAAAGAAAGUGAAGAACAGAUGUAUAUUUUUGUAAUCCAAACGAGAAUUCGCUUGAAAAUAACAAGAAGAUAAACCAAUACCAUCUUCAUUUCAAGCUUGGUCUCUAAAUUCAUAAUCCCUCCUCCUAUGUCAAGCCUAUGAGUAAUUGACAAAAAAAAAAAGCGAUUUUCAUAACAAGAGUGAAUCUUCUCCCCCAUAACCCAUUUGUUAGGAUGUAAUGGGGAGAGAAUAUGCAAACAACAAUGCUUUCGAAAUCAAGGUUCAUCAUUCACGCCCAUCUCUAGUUGAAGACCCGACAAUAUCAACUUUGGAGCAGCAACAACGUCGUCGCAAUCAACACCAAAGACAUGAAACCAGCGGUGGCGACUUUAAGCCCUUCAAACCGUGGUUCCCCUGGUUGGUUCCACUGUUCGUGGUGGCUAAUGUUGUUCUUUUCAUUAUCGUUAUGUAUGUGAACAAUUGUCCAAAGAGGUCCACAAACUGCGUUGCUGGAUUUCUUGGGAGAUUCGCUUUCCAGCCAUUGAAAGAAAAUCCUCUUCUUGGGCCCUCCUCCGAUACGUUAGUCCCUUCUAUUUUUUUUUUUCCUUAAGAAGAUCACAGAAAAUUAUAGAUAACCAAAGUGCUUGUAGGGUUUAACGUUAUAUUUUUUUUACAUGUCAUUGAUGUUCCUUUCUAAACAUCAAUGGUAUGUUUGAUUCUCCAGUCUAGACGGAUUGUUACGUCGUUAUUCAUACAAAUUCUUGAGAAUGUUCUUCAAUUACGAAUAAACAUUAAUUUUUGUAUUAUGACGAAUGAUUUUGCAAGUUCAUCAAAUUUUACAUAUUGUUAAAGAAAGAAUUCCAACUUUUUUUUGUUCUUAAUUUCAGGUUGUUGAAAAUGGGUGCAAUGGAAGUGGAGAAGGUGGUGAAGGGACAUCAAGGAUGGCGUCUUAUUUCUUGCAUUUGGUUGCAUGCUGGGGUUUUCCAUUUGCUUGCUAAUAUGAUCAGUCUUUUAAUCAUUGGCAUUCGUCUUGAGAAAGAAUUUGGGUUUAUUCGAAUAGGGUUGGUCUAUGUUCUAUCUGGUUUCGGUGGAAGUUUGAUGUCGGCUCUUUUCCUUGAGUUGGGUAUUUCAGUUGGUGCUUCUGGUGCCCUUUUUGGUUUACUUGGUGCCAUGCUUUCAGAGCUGAUCACAAACUGGACAAUAUAUGCAAAUAAGCUUGCAGCAUUUUCGACCUUGGUCAUCAUCGUCUUACUAAAUUUAGCAGUCGGGCUUCUCCCACAUGUGGACAAUUUUGCGCAUAUUGGAGGUUACAUUGCACCCCCUGCGAAAUCUAAAUACAAGGCAUAUCAGUAUGUGCUCCUUGCUAUAUCCUUGACACUUUUGAUUACUGGAUUUGCCAUCGGACUGUUGGAUCUUUUUAAAGGAGUUAAUGUGAAUGAACAUUGUCCUUGGUGUCAGUACAUGACAUGUGUGCCUACCCCAUUAUGGAGUUGCAAAUCACCAGAAGUAUAUUGUCAGUCAUCGCAGUUUGGACCUCAGUUGAAUCUUACUUGCCUGUCUACUGGAAAAAGUGGCACAUACAUUCUUCCAGAUGACAAUCCUACCCAUCUUCAAGUCUUAUGCUCUCAACUUUGCCAAUGAGAUAGAUGCUCGUUUAAACAUCAAGUGUGUUUCUUUUGUAACAAAUUUAUGAGAGCUUCAUAUGCAUUAGUAAUAUCACAUUUAUGUAAUUUUUGUAGAAAAGUUCAUUUUGUGGCUAUUAUUUUUUCUAGCAAGGAGUUGAUUUAUUUAGCUUUCGAGAAAAGAAAUAGCUGAUUGAAAUCAUGCUUUGACACAUAAAUUGCACUCCAAGUCUUAAACAUAAGGCAUAUCAUAAGAGUUUAUUUAACAAGUGGGUGCUUCCAUAUAGGGCAGAAACUAUGUCGAGCAGUGAUUCCCAAAUAAUCGAUAGCUCUAUGGACUCCGCCGACUUCUAAAACAAAGGUUUUGUCAUCUCAUCUCAAUUUUUUUGGUUGGAUAUAUGGUUAGUAGAAGAUACCCAUACUCACAUGGAGACUUUGAAUUUUGGGGUAACAUUUAGUUCAAUUUUGACUAGAUAACGAAUGACUAUAAGGUAGCUUUUGCAUACAUGUAAUCGGACUGCCUAUCCUCUUGAUGAAUGACUUGGGUGUACAGACUGUGGAAUGAUUUAUGGAGGUGCCUUAACCAUGACGAAGUAGAAUGAUUCAUUGGGCGGUUUAGUAAUGUUGGCCAAAUAGUUCAUGUUUUCAACUCGUGAGAGUCGAGGAUCGAGAAUAUCAUUGGUGGACUUAUCUAAACAUUCUUAGUGGUUUUUUCACAUUGAUUUCAUUCGGCAUGAGUAUGGAAUCACUCUGGGGAAUCUGGACAAUCCCCAAUCCUGGAGGCAUAACAUAUACAGGAUAUUAGCUCCAUAAGACAAAAAAAAAAAAAAAAAAAAAAACGAGCGUGCUUUGAUAGCAUCUUACUUUGGUUACUAGUUUGAAUAUAUUUAUGAGGUGACGCUGGAUGAUUUCUUCUAAGUGUGGAUGGUGUUGGAGGACAUUGACUCGGGAGAGGAGAAUACUUUGGGAUAUGGGUCGAUAAAUCUCUACCUCCUUGUUCCUUUGAAGACAUUGAGUGUUGGAAGUACGCCAACUUGUUCACUCGAGAGAUUCUUGAAGAUCAAUUUGUUUUGAUUGAUGAAGAGAAAGAAGAGUGGAGUAGUAUCAACACUGACACUAAAUUGUGCCCUUUAGAAGUGGUAACAUAUGUUCCUUCAAAAUUUUCGUUAUUUCGAGCAUAGAAAAAACAGGUUUUGACUAUUUCCCUAAAUUUUGAUGAAAAUUUAGGGGUUUAGAACUUAGGUGAUCACAAGGGUUAUUUUUGUAUUGGGAUGGUGGCUGAAAUUCUCUUUCUUAAUUAACUAGAAUUAAGAAGGAAAAAUGGAUGUGGACAAUGAAGACGCUACGGCGAAUCAAAUGUUACCCAAAAUAAAGUGAUUUUGUCUAC